AUUCUGAUGUUAAAAUGAAAUUUUUGAUCACCAAAAUGAAUUCCUUUUCCUUUUUUCCAAAAAAGAACUCCUUUCGGUGUAUUAGAGUGUGGUUCGAUGUUGGCUGGGCUUUGUAUUCUUCCAGUAUUGCAUUAGGAUCUUUAAUUUUAUCAUGAGUUUGUUGGGUCCUAAAUCUUUAUUCUUCUGUUGGUUAUAUUUUGAUUAUCCACAGAAGAUUUCAAACCUUUUAUGCCCAAAAGGUUAAGAGGCCCAUAGCUAUGUGUAGUUUAUAGAAGAUAGUUUGGGGGUCGUUUAGUUCGUUAACCUUACGCAGGGACAAGAAAUCUGAUCAGGUUGAUUAGGUGAUUUCUAUGUGCUUAAACUUUUCAUUCACGAAUAUGGCCACUGUGAUAUCACCUUUACCACAACUUGUACAUAUUACUAGUGAUAAAAAGUCUGUUGUUGCUCUGAGAUCAUGUUUUCUCCCAGCGCCCAUCUCUGAUAACACGGGAAGUAAAAGAUUCUGUAACAAUAUUAAGAGAAAGAAAUGUCGAGGGGAUUAUUACUUGACAAUUGUUUCCGCUUUUAAGCAUGUUAAAGACCCUUCUUUGGACAAGAAUGUAGUGAAGCAAAACAAGCUUAGGUUUGUACAGAAACUUAAAACACUAUUGCUUUCGAAACCUAAGCAAUUUAUGCAUCUCAAUGACCUGUGUAAGUGUAGGUCUUAUUUAGCGGUUUCUAAGCCGAAAUCUAUUAUUUCCAUGAUUCAUCGGUACCCAACUAUUUUUGAGCUUUUCUGGAUUCCAAUGCCUUCGAAGCCACUCAAUGCGACGAAGCCACUUACUCAACUUUGUGUACGUUUGACCCCGGAGGCAACAGCACUUGCCAAGAAAGAAAGUAAGCUUAAGUCUGAUAUGGCUGUUUAUUUGGCUAUAAAAUUACAGAAACUUUUAAUGCUAUCGUUGCAUCACCGGCUUCUGUUAGCAAAGCUGGUUCACCUUGCCCCUGACCUUGGUCUUCCUGUUGAUUUUCGGGCUAGACUCUGUAAUGAACAUCCAGAGCGGUUUAAGGUUGUUGACACUUCGUAUGGUCGUGCUCUUGAGCUUGUGUCAUGGGACUCACAUUUGGCCAAACGUAUGCCAUCACCAGAGGUAGUUAAACGUGAUGAUUUAAUAGUGGACAGGCCCUUGAAAUUCAAUCGCUUGAGAAUUCGGAGAAAGGGGUUUAAUGUAAAGAGGCGCCACCAAGAGUUUCUGAUCAAGUUUGAAGAAUUCACGGAUGUAUGCCCAUAUAAUACAAAAGUGGGAGAUUUGGUAAAAGAGUCACUGAGGGCUGAAAAGAGAGCUUGUGAUGUAGUGAGGGAGGUGUUAGGAAUGACGGUUGAGAAGAGGACCUUGGUUGACCAUUUAACACACUUCCGGAGGGAUUUUGGACUUCCCAACAAGUUGAGGGGCUUGCUGGUGAGGCAUCCCGAGUUGUUUUAUGUGAGCCUGAAAGGUCAAAGGGACUCUGUGUUUCUAGUAGAAGGCUAUGAUGACAAGGGUGUACUAUUGGAGAGGGAUGCAACAACGGUGACAAAAGAACUAUUACUGGACUUGGUUAAUGAAGGGAAGAGGAUGAGGCGAGAAAGGAGGAUAAAGGGUGACACUACUGACCGUCAUAUCGACCUCCAACAAGUGGAAUUUGAUGAUGCAGAUGAUGAACCUGAUGAGUAUGGGGAUGAUUUAGAUAAUUUAUUUGAAUCUGAUGAUGAUUAUGGUUCUGGAAGCAAUGAUGAUGAGAAUCAGAGGGACGAGUUGUUUGAGAUUUACAAGGAAGGUGUGUUUUGGACUGCUGAAGUGGAUUCUUCCCUUGGCAUUGAGAAUGGUAGAAAUUUGGAACCUUGGUGAGAUAUCAGGUAUUCUGGUAGUAUACAAAUUCUUGAGGUCUCUCUCUGGUUGUAAAGUAGUUCCCCUGCACUGGAACUUGUUGCAUCAUUUUGCGCAAGAGGAAGAAACAAUAAAUAUUUUCAUCAUGGCGUGAAAUACCAUAGGGUCUUUAUAAGUAAGAAAUUUAUAUACUUUGUUACAAUGUGUUAAGUUGUCUACAGGCUUCUUAAACAUUUUUGGACUUGUGAUUUGUACAUUAAGGUAAUUUGUGUGUUCAA